UGGCAGCAGCAGCAGCCGCCUGCAGCUAACGGCGCCGCCGCCGCCGCGACGGGGCGAGCGCCGCGUUCCCGACGUCCGCAGAAGGCCGCGUGCCGAACCCAUUCGCUCGAGCACCGCGGAGGAGGCGGCGGCGGCGGCUAUCUUCUCUAUAGGGCGUCCAUUUAGAGAGGUGUUGGUGGAGUAGGAGGAGGAGGAGAAGGAGGUUGUCUGGAGAGGGGAAGGGAGAGUUCGCGGCGGAGGACGACGAGGACGAUGGAGUUGACCGCCGCUUGACCGCGUCCCGCAACGCGCCCACGACUUGGCACGAGGAGCCGGCGGCGGCUGUGGUGGCUGAGGGGGUGACGGUGGUGGAGGCUGAGGGGGUGACGGCGGCUGUGGUGGCUGAGGGGGUGACGGUGGUGGUGGUGGAGGAGGCUGAGGGGGUGACGACGGUGGUGGAGGUGUCUGAGGGGGUGACGGUGACGGCGGCGUGAGGAGGAGAGAGCAGGGACGAAGGAGACCUGGAGAAGUAUCUGCUGACGAGUGGGGAGUCCGCAAUGGACGAGAAGCUCAAGAUGCCGGGCUCCCCUCUCGACAAGAGCCCAGAGGAGCUGGGUGCCCUGGACGUGUACGACAUCGCGGCGCUCCUGGGACGCGGCUUCGAGAGGGCCUUGGCGGCUGGGACCGAGGGCGGAGAGGUGGCACGUGAGGCAGUGCACGAGCUGAUGGCGCCUGUGAUCCGCGUGCUGGAAAUGCUGGAGGCUCUGGCUGUUCGGAACGGAGCAGACACCGAGUCUACUACGCUGCGAGAGCAACUCGAGUCGGCCAAGAGAGAAACCAUUACGCUGUCCGCGAGGGACUCCCGGCACAAGCAGGAGCUGGAGUUGGUGGAGACGUACUGGAGGGAAAGGGAAGAGGAGAUGAUGGGUUGCAUGACGGAGCUGCAGGAGGAGAACCGCAAACUGGACAGCGCGUUACGUCGACGGGACACCGACAGUGCCGACACCGAGGUGGAGGAGACGCAGGCGGAAGGUUUGACUGAGAAGGAGCGGGACGUGAUGGUCAAACUCAAGGAAGUGGUGGACAAGCAGCGGGAUGAGAUAAGAGCCAAGGACCGGGAUAUCAGCCAAAAGAAUGAAGACGUGGAGGCGCUGCAGCAGCAGCUCUCGCGGCUGAUCAAGAUCAACAACGAGCUGCGGCACAAGCUGGCCGUGAUGGAGGCGCAGGGGAAGUCGCUCAUCGAGCAGAAGGUGGAGCUGGAGGCCGAUCUGCAGUCGCGCGAGCAGGAGAUUGGGCGCCUGCGCGAGACGGCGGCGAGCGUCGCAAGCGCCUUCCUGGAGCAGAGCGAGUGCCAGGAGGGCGCGGUGGCGCACCACCCUGGCUCGGGCGAGGACAAGCUUUCAUUCUUCCCUGGGGUAGAGGAUGAAGAAGAUGAAAGUGUGUGGAUGGACGGGAAGCUCGUGGUCGAUCUCAAGGACCCCAACCGGCCUCGCUUCACGCUGCAGGAGCUGCGCGAGGUGCUGCAGGAGCGCAACGAGCUCAAGGCCAAGCUCUUCCUGCUCCAGGAGGAGCUGGCGUACUACAAGAGCCACAACCACCCUUGGAUGUCGGGCGUCCGGAAACGGCUGCGAGGUUUUUUUCCCGUCAGUGAGGACAGUGACCUGGACCCAUCACCUCCCGUGAGAGCUCUCCCAUCACAACACGCCAUCGUCAAGCCUUCCCCACAGGACUCGGGCAUCCGUCGCUUGUUCAGUUUUUUCUACAAGGACCGUCCCGCGGGCAUGAGGAAGCUGUCGGUGGAGUCGACGCGCCCCGGCGAGGCUCGGCACCCUGCGACGGCUCCCGAGCAGAGGCUGCCCAACGACGGGGAGGCAGCGGACGCGUCGGGCCUCACCGGCAGCACGGCCACCCUCAAGUCCAUCAGCCUCAACCCGUAGCCCCCCCCCGCCCCGACGCGCGUACUACGGGGGGGUCAGGGGGUCGGCGGCGGUGUUUUGACGCAGAGGCUGCCGUUACAGGGUUAAGGGCCGAGAUGUUCACCCUCUCAAGCGCUGCGGUAUCGAGCGCGGCCGUCGAUUUGUGCUACUUGGAGCCGCAGGCCGAGCAUGUGCGUGGUUGAGAAAAAGCGCCUUGGAUCAGGGAAUGUGUUUCCUUGUUCGAAGCAGUUUUAUUUUUUUAUUUUCUGCUGUAUGUAUGUAUGUACGUUCGUAAGUAUGUUGUACUUAUUUCACACCGUACGUAGCCAACCGUGCUUUUCGGAGGUACUGUGUUUCAUCACUCUGGAUGCAAUUAUUAUUUGGCAUGUCGUGGGGAUACAUACUUCUGCUAAUUAAUGUGGAUAUAUGCACCUCAAUGUCGUCGGCUGAAGUCCAGAGUGAGGCCACCGUUUCCUCAUUCUGUUCAGCGUGCGUCCGCUUUCCUUAGCCGUCGCUAGCAGCAGCAUUCGCUUUUGAUGAAAAUUAGAAUCGCGUUAGCUUUGCUUUUGUUUUUUAAAUAUUUCUACGGACUGCUGUGCACAUCUUGAGACUUUGUGCAAGGUCAACAAUUGAGUGUUGCUUGUUACUGCAAAACUCAGUUUUUCUUCAUUUAAAGCGAGAGAGAGCCCUGGCGAUUAUAGCUUCUUCGAGUGAAAGUCCCAUGGGUUCAUGAAUGAAAAAAGGAAAUUUUUACAUAAUCAUGAUGGAGCUGGGAAUUUAAGUAUUAAAUAGAUCAUGUAUUUCACCUGUUAAGGCAUUGCUGCUUAAAAGUCAACUCGUGUUAAAUAGUUGUUUUUAGUAGGUUUGUUUAUCUGGGUCAAGUAGCACAAAACCACCCUCACACUUAAAUACGUUUUACUUCAUCGCAUUUUAAUAAGCACAAGUGACUUUUAAUUUAUAUGUGGUGUAUUACAAAUGGGUUAGAGUUCAUGUAUAAUACCACAGUUUUUGCUCAUUGGGUAUGAAAAUGUGCAAGGAAUGCUUUGUUUUCUUGUUUAUAACGCGCGCAUGACAUACCGGGUCAUGUUUGCAGCACUCCAAAGCAAUAGUAUUUUAGCGUCAAAUCGUAUUAAAUCUUUGAUUGCUUGACGAGGAAUCGUCAAAAAAAAGUCUCGGUGACUUACGAUGCACUGUAGCCAAAUAUCACACAGCCUACAGAGGAAGACUUCAACCGGUGGCAGCGGAGAGAAAAAUAUUAGGUGGGCGAGCAUGGCUGUUACUGCCAUGUAAGGCGAAAAGGGGUAGGAAGUGGAAUAUGUUGUUAAUCCACUGCUGCGUGAAGGCCUCCACAAUCUCCCACCAUCUCUCGCGAGCCUGCGAUUUAAACCUUUAACUUUUGCUAUUGUUGCACUUUUUGAUUGUCUUAACGACUGGGUGAAUAUAUUUAUAACACUUCUACUUUUGUCAAUCCAAAGCGUAGAUGAGGGCCUCCCCAUGCCUACUUUGGUCGUGGGAUUUUUGACUUUACUUCACACUGGUCAAUGUGGGUCGGUGCAGGGGGGGGGGGGGGGCGGCCAGGAUUGGUCCAGACAUUUCCCCACCGCCGGUUAUUAACCUUGCCCGGCAAUCGAAUUAAAGGUCGCCAGUUUGGGUAGUGCGUCUCGCUAACCACCGCGCACCACCGCUCUCACAAGCAGACAUUCAUUAGCAUCUGCAGAAGUGGUGAUUUGUUUGACUCGAGAGCACAUUGCCUUAGAACCCGUUUAAGGGAGGCAACUCAAUCUCGGCAGUAGUGUGGGGGUGAGGCACGGUGGAUUGACGAAGGGGUGCCAAUGAAAUUUAACCUGCCUGGGCUCGAAUAAGACACCCUGCUAAUACUGACCAGGGGCAUCCGCCGUGAAGGCUGCUCUCUGCUUCACGUGAUCUUUUGAGAGAGAGAGGGGGAGAGGUGCCGGCGACACAGUCCCCAUUCGUCACUUGCGCCGCGCGCGUCACGGGGUCCGUCGCACGCUGGGGCUGCGCACUGCCUCUGCUCCAGAAGUCGCAACCAGGUACCCGAUACCCGUACCCUACCCGAUACCCGGCCACCCGUACCCAGCCGGGUACGGGUAGCCGUUUGCGACCCUGGUGCGGCCGGGUACGGGUAGGCCGUGAGUUACUGGUGAGUAACCGUUUGUCACUCAUUUCCCAACGUCUUGUCUCUUCUCACAAUUCAAGAUCCUAGAAUCAACCCACCCACGCCUGCAACAUGGCUUCAUCCCAGAGGUCGCAAUCGGGUACCCGUACCCGUACCCUACCCGAUACCCGGCCGGGUACGGGUAGCCGGGUAUCGGGUAGGGUACGGGUACCUGUUUUCGACCCUGGUGUGGCCGGGUACGGGUAAGGAAUCAAAACCCGUUUGCGACCUCUGCUCUGCUCAAGCUGCGGCCAGUGGCCGGGUGAUGAGACCGCGCGGGAAAGGCGUUACUCCAUCCCACAUGACGACUUCACAUGACGACAUCUCUCUUCUGCCCCGGUAGCACACGGAUAGGAGCACUCCGCUCCUCGUUGCUCGACAAUGCAAAGCAGUCGAGGUUGUUUUAUAUUUCAAUUCUUGUUGGUUUGAAUCUGGCCACAACCGAUUAUUCAGCGACCAGUACAUAAUCUCAUGAUUUCGUUUUCAAGUGCCCUUGCUUUCACAAUACUUGUGUGUGGAGCACCCUGAAGCCAGCCUACAAUGAUUAUCAUCAUGGCAAGUGUUAAAUACUUAGUAAUAGGUUUUUACCCUUUCAACUGGUACAAAAACUGACACCUUUAUACAAGGCAUCAUGUUUGCAAUAACCACAACACAAGCAGUCAAAAUGCAAACAAAAAGAAACAACUCUGAUGAUGAUAAUGAUAUGCACUGUCCUUGAAGUUGAUUGGUCCACACCCGAGACAGCUUUUCUUAGAGCCUAGUCUCCAUUGGUGUUGGACCAGAUGACGCCAAAAGGCGUGCAACUCAAACACAGUGCACUAUCAGAGUAUUGAGAGCUCAGGGUAAGCAUAAAGGUGUCAGUUUUUGUACCAGUUGAAAGGGUAAAAACCUAUUACUAUAUUUUGCCAUUGGUAAAGGAGGUCUCCUAGUGUUAAAUACUUCUUCAGUUGCAUAUAGCUUGUGUUGGAUAACAUUGGGCAGUCUUAUCAAUGUGUCCAUUGGUGCAUCUUCACCGAUGCUAUUUCAUCAAUUCUGACCAUCACAUGCCAUCUGUGCUGCCAGAUUCUCAUUUGAAUGCAGUGAUAUGCAGUACCAUGGAAUUUGGAUUUAUAGAGAAUUUAAACGCCGCUGCAUCUCAACAUGCUGUACGAAAUAGUGGGAUGCGUGUCGCAGUGACCAUAGAAACGGGGAGGAACGUGAACGCAUUGGCGGUACACCGUUGGUGCGCGGUAUUAAAAAAAAAAUCGCAAUUUUUUCGCGAUCAUUUAUUUUCCGGUGAGAAAAUCUUGCGGGGUGGUGGUGCUGGUGGUGGUAGUGCGUCAAAGUCGGUUUUCGUAAUGUCGAAGCAGUCGUAAGACGGACAUUAUGAGCGGCCGAACACGAAGCUUCGCAGUCUGUUGCCGUAGAGCAGCACCCAGCCUGAUGACGAUUGGCUGCCUCCGUGUUCCAAAGGCCAAGAUUUGAAUCCUCGUUCCCGAGACUUGGUCGGUCGGUUCCUCGAUUAAUUUCUCGGAAUCAUUGGAGGACAGUGGCAUCGAUAGUUUACGACUCGUGUCACACGUUCGACAGGGAACGCAGCUGCUGAAUCUAAGGCAACUGCUGAUGGAUAAUCUGCAGCUCACUCGAGGGCAAUGCUGUACCGGUGUACCGCUAAUACGUCCAUAUGUUAUUAAGGAAUGAUGUAAAUAUAGACACUUCUUAGAUAUUCUAUGGGUCUUUCGGUAAAGCCACGUAGAUAUAACAAUAUCACGACGUUUCGAUCGCAACACAAGCAAUCGUCUUCAGGUGAGAGAGAGAGAGCUGCUGAGACAAGGUCUUAUAUAGGCCUGAGAUGGGUGCAUCAAGGUAGGUGGGUGGAGCUAGAGAUGGUCCAACCACAGAGGCUGGGGCAGUGGCCCCAGUAUUGUGAGAGAUUAGCAUGUCAGUCAUGGGCAGAAGAGAAGAGUAAGGUUUUCAGCCUGGAUUGGAACGGGCAGGGAGAUAACAGCAUGAAUGGCCAUGCCGUGUUGUGGAAUUUGACACAACUUGGGGCAGCAGCAGUAGUAGCAGCAGAGAAGCAGUAACCUCCCACCGAGUGGAAGUUGUCGGAGGUUUUUUGAGAGGUGUGGUGCUGGUUGUGCAGGGCCUGCGGAGCUAAUUAGCUCGCAGGAGUCUACGCCGAUCUUAAUGUACGCAAAGCUCUAAAUAUAUUAAUGAGAUGUGUUUCUUUGUAAUCAAAAAUGCAUUUGUAGGAUUGUGUUUUGUUGUAAGCAUUGAGAUGCAUCUUUGUGAUAACAUAAAAUUGUGUUGAUUUGAAGCUUUCGUGACUGCAGGAAUCCUUACUCAUUGGUUAUUUCGGUAAAGUCACGUAGGUACCGAAAGAACCAAAGAGUAUAUGUAUAAAAUUACGUGUUUUAAGGGUGACAUUUAUUUUUCAUAGCAUAUGCAGAAUUGUGACGAUAGAUGUGCAGUUUCAGUCAUGAAAUUGGCUGAGUGAGAGCUAUUUGGUGGAAUCAAGUGGGAAUUAAAUUACUACAAAUUCAAAUGCGUUUUGAGGCCAAAAGUUUUAGGUCGGCUAUUUUAGAAGCACUGGUUAUAUAAACCCAAUUUAAUAACUUUUUCAGCGCGGAUGAGCAACUUCUGGGCGAAGACUUCUGAGUUGGGGGAUGUUAUCUACACUCAGUGAUGAAAUGCAUGGGCACCAAUUGAUUAUUAUGCAUAGCCAUUUCCUUGAAUACCAAAAGUCAUCAUGUUGUAGGGAUUGAUGUUAACGGUCUUGUUAUGACUUGCAGUCAGCAGGCCUAACCCCCUAUUUCAAUGGAGAUGAUUUAAGUUCCCCUUGCAACUCCUGUAUCAUGUUAAAGUACUGAACGUACAAUUGUACAAGUUUACAAAUGUAUUGAAAACAUGCUGACAAUAGGUGGGCAGUGGACACACGUGGUGUGUUACAUCGCAAAGCAUCCGAGGGAGUUCAAGAAGAUGCUUUGCAGCAAAUCGUUUGUGUACAUUUCUGACCACGUGCCAUUGUGCAAUGAAUCAAGUGCACUUUGGCAGAAUGGUUACAAUACUGAUAACUAGUAUUAGUUAUCUGCAGUACAGUACAUUUUCUUUUGGCAUGGAAACACCAGGUGACCAGGAGCGUAAAUCAUGCAGUGGGCCACGUGCUUUCUGAACGCGCAACCGAUUGUUUUCAAUGGGUGACUAUAGUUACGUGAAGACUGACAUUCAUGGAUUACUUGUGAAUCGGAUCAUUGAGACGCUGUUGCUCCCUUGUUCAUCACCAAACUAGUGACGUGUCAUCUUCUUGGUUCUUUCGGUAAAGUCACGUAGAAUGGAAAUAAUAAGUAGCCGUCCUCAGGUGGAGAACAGGUAUAUCGAGAAGACAGACCUGUUCUCCACCUGAGGACGGCUGCUUGCGUUGUGGCCGAAACGUCGUGAGAAUUAUUUUAUUAUGUUUUAUUUUUACAAUUUUAUUAUUUCCAUUCUACGUGACUUUACCGAAAGAACCAAGAAGAUGAAUCCCUGCAGUCACGAAAGCUUUAAAUCGAAAUUUAGUGACGUGUCUUCAUAUGAUGAGUGCGCGAGAGGCACGGAGAGUCGAAUGUUCCAGCAGACUACCCGUUUGAAAUACGAAAGCACAAUUUGUGUGGUGAUAAUUCCACAUUCCAACUUGUUCUAAUGCAGUCUGAAAGAAAAAAAAACAUUUCAAAUUUGCCUCGUGUACACCAAAAGUUUUAAUCCACCGCGCGUGAAAAGGAAACCCACUCGUCUGUGUCUGGUGUCUCCACAACAAUCCAUGUACUAAAUGAUAAAGUGGAUAGAUAACGAUAAUAACGACGAUAACGACGGAACACCCACUUGACAGCAAGAGAAGUCAUUUUGGAAGAACAGAAUAUUGUUUCGCGCGGUAAAUUUUGUUGCCGAAUAUGAUAUGACCCAAUGUGAGAUUGCUCACUAUAUAUAAAAACAUUUUAGUUGUGCAUUAUGGAGAAAUACAAUUUUAAGAAACACUUUUUUGGUAUUUUCCUUACACAAAGAAGUGAAGAUACAGGGUGGUCUUCUUGGUUCUUUCGGUAAAGUCACGUAGAAGGGAAAUAAUAAAAUAAAUAGACAUAAUAAAAUAAUUCUCAAGAACAGGUCUGUCGGAAAGACAGCGUCUGUCGGAAAGACAGCGUCAGACGCUGUCUUCACAUGAGGACGGCUGCUUGCGUUGUGGCCGAAACGUCGUGAGAAUUAUUUUAUUAUGUUUUUUUUAUUUUAUUACUAUUUUAUUAUUUCCCUUCUACAUGACUUUACCGAAAGAACCAAGAAGAUGAAUCCCUGCAGUCACGAAAGCUUUAAAUCGAAAUACAGGGUGGUCUUACAGGGUGGUGCCUGCUGUCAGUGCAACUGCGAUGCCAAAACCAAUUUGACCGUCGAGCUCGCUGAAAUUUGACGGGGCACAUCGCACACGACUCGGUCUCGUUGGCUGACUUGUAUCAGAGGUUGAUUGGAAUGUAUUCAUAGCUCUCAUUAAUGUGCGAGCUUUGAAUAGACUAGGACUCAUUUGGGUGACUCGUAUCAAAGCUUGAUUGGAAUAUAUUCAUAGCUCUCGGGCAUGUGAAUAAUUACAUUUAUUCACCCAGGAAGGCCUUGCUGAUUAUCCAUUGUUACUUUUUCAACUGGAUCCAGUUUUAUCAGUUACAUUUCAAGAGUAUUUUACAUGUGGUGGGGGGGUGGGGAGAUAAUUAUUUGGCAUAGAAAACCCACAAUGAGGAGGAAUAACAAUCAAAGGUCUGCACAGAUAGGUUCAUGAAACCACUCGCUUGUACCACCAUCUUUAGGCCACCUCGUAGCCCAAGGGGUUCUGGGAGGAUGAUCCAUCAAUCCUUGCCUCCAAAAGCACGUGGUACCACCGCAUCUGGCUUAAAUUACAUAACGUAACAAUGAUGCCUCGUACGAUGGGUGUUAAUGUCUGAUUGGCUUCCUCUUACGUCCUGAUAUGUGAUCGUUGCUUGGAUCACACGUGUCGAAAGUGCGAUAGGCUCUCAUAAGCUGUGGUAUCUGGAUCUCACAAGAUUGAUGUAUCCAGCUGCAUAAUGAUUUGCCCUCUUUUCAUACAUUUUGCUCUAGUUAUGGAGCUUCAGAUACACGCGUUUUAAAGUCUAUCCAGCCUUUAACAAUCUUUAGCUAAUCGGGAUCUAACGUAUAAUCGUGGAUGAAUGUAAAUGCAAUGGUGAUUUCAUGUUCUGGGGCCGAGUGAAUUGUAGGAGUGAUCAGAAGUGCAUGCUGCUUUUGUCAUGGACACCUCGUUGAAGAACAAAAUCUUGCGUCUACAAUUUAAAAUGCUUUGGGGUUCAAAUAAUAUUUUUUUAUUAUUAUUAUUAAAACAUUAGGGUAAAUCAUUUGGGGGAAAAUGUUUUAAUAUUUGGUUAUGUUGGGUCAGAACAUGUUUCUAAAAGUCUACAGCGCAAGUCUACAAUUUACAUUUACACCACAUCGUUAAGGUAUAUGUGUGCUAUGCAAAGUAUACAAAUUUUAUACUUUCAGUAAAACAAAAGUAAGAUGCUGUGCACCUUCUGACCCAACGAUGCCAUUGGCUAGGUUGCAAAGGCCAUCUCUCCCACUAGUAUACACAUUUUCUACUUUCAGUAAAACAAAAGUAAGAUGCUGUGGACCUUCUGACCCAACGAUGCCAUUGGCUAGGUUGCAAAGGCCAUCUCUCCCACUUACAGUCAUUUAUUUAUUGCUCAGGGGUUGCGAUGACGGGGAGAUCACGCUGGCCGUCGCAGCUGUUGUGUGUUCCCUUCAACCUGCUUUGUGCAGAGCCAAACUGAAAGGAGACGAUCGCACAUCACUGACCUGGCGAUCGUAUACAUAUUACACUUCACGUUUGAAACUGACAACAUAAAGUCUAUUCUUGGUUCUUUCCGUAAAGUCACGUAGAAGGGAAACAA